UCUCUCAAUGGCACUUGCCAAGGACCCUAUCUGCUCAGUUCAAACCUCUGCCUUCACUACUGGAAACCUGUUUGGGGAUGAUUCUUCCCCUGAGCCUUACACAAUUGAAGAAGGAGGUAGCUUGAAAAGGAGUUCUGGUGGGAUUGUCAAGAACUUUUGCAUGUCUACUUCUUCUUCAUUUUCUUCUCCAAGCAGUGCGAAUUCUGACGGUUUCUUUUUCCGGGCUGUGAACUAUCAACCUGAGGAAGCUCAUUCUUUGAUAAACUUCAAGGGUCCCGGGUAUGAUAACUUCAUUCAUGGGACCAAUGGAUCUCUGCUUAGCUUUGAGCAAAAUGAGAAGGCUCUGCAGAACCCUUACUUGAAAACUACUAGUUACAAAGAUGAUUACUCAAUGUGGGAGGGGAAUUUGAGUCAGAAUUACCAGUGGAAUCAAAUGAAUACAAAGAGCAGUACUGAUCCUCGCCUGGUGGAAGAUUUUAGCUGCUUUGAAACUGCUAGCAAUUUUAAUUCCAUGACAAGUGUUACAAAAGAAAAUUAUGGGGAUUGGUUAUACUCUGAAGCAGCUCUAGUUGCAGAUAGUAUCCAGGAGUCAGGAUCACCAGAAGCAGCUGGCCUCAAGCGUCCUCAUAAGGUACUACUCUUCUUUUCCAAUCAAACCAUAAUUAAUAUUCGGAUCAUUUAAGUAGCAACUGAUCUUACUGCUGAUAAAAUUGGUUAUAGGGAGAAAGCAAUCAAGCUUUGAAGAAACAAUGUACUAAUGAAGCUAAGAAGGCAAAAACUAAGUCAGGACCAUCAAAGGAUCCCCAAAGUAUUGCAGCCAAGGUUUGCUUCCACCUUAAGCAUACUUGUUUUUUAUUAUGAAAAAGUUUGAUUCCAAAUUAAGAAAAAUCAAGAAUGAAAAUUAACGUUGAGAGAAUGUUUGCUAUCCAGAAUCGACGUGAGAGGAUCAGUGAAAGGUUGAA